ACAACAGAACUCAGCUGUUCGGCAGCUAACUAGCCGGCCUAGUUACUGACUGUUCUUUACUGUUUAAAAAGUGGAUUGGUAUAGGUUGUUUGACACUCAGUAAUACGUUCGGAUGCAAAGUAAAGCCUAUCAAAUCCUCAACAAAGCGUAGUUAUAGGUUUAAUUUUAAACUCCUUUGUCUUCUCUCGGUUAGCUUCUAACUUAGCAGGUUAGCUUUUUAACUGAGGACUGGGAGGGAGCCUGUUCGCCCGAAAGAUUAAGACUUCACCAGGCCAGAGAUAUUUAUGGCUAAACCAAACCACAAGACCACCCGGUGGAGAUUCUGACCUCCACCAAUGACCACCAAUAUCAUUUCCUCACCUGCCAUCAUGUCCCCGCGAAAAAGACCCCUGGUCCCUGUAAGCAGUCGGCGGAAAACAGUGGACGACUACUUUCCUUUUAAUUUCCUGCCGGUGGAGUGCCAGCUGCACGUGUUGUCCUUUCUGAAUGAGGUGGAUAAAUGUAGCUGCGCCCUGGUUUGCCUGAGCUGGAGCUGCCUCGUCCGCUCAUGGAAGCUAUGGCGGGUGGCAGACUACUCCCGUCGAGGCGUCUUCCAUCUGGGUCAGGAGGGGCUGCUUGUUUCCAACCGUGAGUUUGAGAGGUGGAAAUCCUGGGUCCACCAUUACACCCACCACCUAAUCUCACGUCGGGCCAGCCUGCUCACGCUGAAGGCCAGCUUCGACCUGGGGGAUCGCUGCAACAAGUGGGGUGAGCUGCUAAAUCACCUGCUGGAUAAUGUCCACUGCAGAGACCUCAGCCACCUGGACCUUAACUGGACCUUUACUCUUCUUGAACCGCUGGACCUCAGGGUCCACUCCAGCUCCAGUUCACACCAGGACAGCAUUACUAAGAUGGACCAGGUGACCAGUUUCCAGGAGCUGCUGACCAAACUCACCCACAGCUGCCCGCGCAUCUCCAAGAUGCGCUCACACUUCGACUGGUCAGAUAUGUCCGUGUCGCUGCUCACCCAGUUCCAGCAGCUCCGAGUCCUCGAGCUCAAAUACUUCUGGGUCUUUAAAGGAGUGACCCCCUCUACACUGCAAACCUUAACCAAAUCCCUGCCUAACCUGAAGUCUCUGACUUUACACAUCCUGGUGCCGCUGAGGAACCUGGGCAUCUCGUACAUUCUGGAGUCUCAGUCUCUGGAGUUCCUGGACGUGUCGCCCAGCCGAGGCUUGGUCUUCUCCUGUCUGAAGCUGCCUGCCCUUCGGGAGCUUCGAGCCAAGAAGAUCGUCCGCGGGAUCACACUGGACCGUAGGACCAGGUUGAGGAUCCAGAGCCGCUGGCCCUGCCUCUACCACGUCCUCCGGGAAGGGACGCCGAAGCUCCAGGCCCUCAACAACGAGAGGCUGCUCACCACGUGGAGAGAGGAGAGCUAUGGGGAGCUGUCUGCCAUCCUGGAACAGUCCUGUUACUGUGUUCAGCAUCUAGACAGCUGGCUUUGGUAGUGAACUGUGUGACAUCAAAGGAAGUACAUGCCAUAUAUGGUCAUUGAUUGAUUCCAGAAGAAAUCAAUAUAUUGCUUUUACACACACCCUAUUUUUGUCCUCAUUUGAAUGAAUGUACUCAGAGGGACACAUAAACUGAAACUUGAAAACUGAAAUUAAAGGACUACAAGUUGUUUUCAAUUCUUAAAGAGGAAGCUGCUGUUACAGUUGGAAAUACUUCCCCAAGAUAAUGAUACACAGUGUGUCAAUAAUUGUUUUAUUUUGUUUGUCAAUUAUCUCCAAAAACCAGAUGUGCUCCAUGCUGAUUGCACUGUGUUGUGCUUUCCUUGAUUCACUUCCACUAGAGGUCUGUCGUGGAAAAAGUACAACAUUAACUACAGUUCUACCUGAGUCCAGUGAUGUGUUGUGAAAAGAAGAUUAAAUGACGGAGUGUAAUGGCUUCUUCGAGUUGUGGAGAAUGCCUUUUAAACUUGUUUAAAGUGAAAACUAUGACGGAACACUGCUGAGGUAAGAAAAACAGAUGGCAGAACGUUGUGUUUUCAAGAAUAUAAUCACCAUAUUUUCAUUAUACAGUCGUACUUUUACCAGAAAAAGUUGUAAUAUGUCAAGAUUAACAUCGCUAAUUUAUUUAAAUAAAAAAUGUUGCUAUGUAAUUUCAAGAAAAAGUUGAGAGAAGAGUCUCCUUGGUCAAAAUCUCAGAAGAACAGAAAUAUUACAGAUUUAUUUUCAAAUUAUUACAACUUUUGCUGGAAAUACUACGGUUUCAUUCUCAAAGUUUUACGACUUUAUCUUUAAAAAAUAUUAUUUAUUCUCUUUCCCUUUAUUCUCAGUAUCAAAUUUCUAAACAAAUCAAAAUAAAAACGAUUUCUUAGUUAUAGAAAAACGGAUAGGUGCUGUACUGAAAAUGUAACUAUUCCUAUUAGUUUGGUUAAUAUUGAGUUCAGAUGUAAUUAUCCUCACAGACAGUCGUCUACUGUUUCUAUUCGAUGGGCAGUGCUGUAGAGAAAAUGAGCCCUUUACUAGAAGGUUGCACAAAUGGCAGAUGAGACCAGAGGUGCACAUGCAGGAAAUAAACUGACUAUAUGCUGAUAGAAGACAUUAAUUAAUUGUAUCCCAAAUAGCAAAUUUGAAUUACAUACAUUUUGUAACAUUUGCGGCAAGUGAAGACAUAGUAGAUGACAAAAAAGCUUUUUUAAAUUGAUGGGUACUGACCCUGGGUCAGUAGGACCAAGUGCUGUAGACAACCCCAUUCUGAAUUACCUGAAAACCAAAGCUGAUUCUGUGUAGCCACUCUGACUUGGCAGCUAAAUACAUUGGCACACACUUAGCCUGCCAGUAUUAAGCUGGUGUAAUUCUAAUCACAGCCUGUCAGGAAUGCAGCACAGCUGAAUGAGGGUUCAUUCCAGUGCUUUUCCAGUUUGCACUCAACAUUUAUUCUGUGAGUGCCCCUUUUGUUUUAACUGUUGAUGCGUAUGACGUUUCUUUUCAUCCUGUGAGUAUUUCUCCCAAAGCAGAUGGAGAGCUACUGUAACAAUUUUCCCUGCCUGUCUUAAAAAGAAAGAAUUCCUCCACUCUUGAUCUUUGGAAACUUCCAAUUUGCACAUUUCCACUGCUGUAAUGAAAGGUUGCUCAAAUCACUGCAGCAAGCAGGUCCAGCUAUUUCAUAUGUGGAAAAGGUGCUUUUGCUAUUAUGCUCCCAAAAAGUAGAGGUCGCUAUUCUCAAAGCUCUGGCUGUGAAGGUUUCUCUCUCAGAAACGUGUUUACAAAUGUACCAGUGUGACAUCAUUUCACUACAGUACUUGUGCUCAUGGCUUGUCCGAGUAGCAGAUGUGUGCUUGAGGGUAUUUAUGCUCUUCAGAAAUAUCGAUGUACGUGUGACAUUUUAGUUAACUGAUGGAACCUUUUGAGUGUAAAACAUUUUACAAGAUUCUUCAUAAAGAAGAUUGUUUUAAAUCUUAA